UCUGUUUAUUGAGUAAUGGAAAACAUGUUGUGGCCGAAGCUGUUGGCCUUUGCGUUAGUCAGCCUGUCGCUGACUCAGCUGCAUUCGGCCAGGCUCGGCGAUGCUGCUGCUAAGGAGUGCAGCGAGAACUUCACUCGACCUGGAGACAAGUGGAGCGAUUACUUUCAAGCGGAUCGCUACUGUCGCUCUAGGGGAGCUGGCGUGAUAAGUUUUCGACACGAGACGCAUUUGGAAUUUUGGACCUCGAACAUUAACAACCAAAGUCUACUAUGACUGUCAACUAGGUUAGAUGGCUAAAGAAAUUUUAGAUUAAAGUUCUGUUUAAAAAUGG